CACAAACACGUACAGAGAGUCACUCCCACAGAAUGAACAGAUCAGCGGAGAAACGAAAGUAAAGUCUCUCUUUCUCUGCUCGCUCUGUUCGUCUCUGUGUGCAGUAAAAUGGCGGAAGCCGCUCUAAAAACUCUGGACUGUCUAAACUGUCCGAUCUGUCUGGAUCUACUGAAGGAUCCAGUGGCUAUUCCCUGUGGACACAGCUUCUGCCUGGACUGUAUUAAGGACUGCUGGGCUCAGGGUGAUCAUUUGGGGGUCUACAGCUGCCCCCAGUGCAGACACAGCUUCACUCCAAGGCCUGUUCUCAACAAGAACACCAUGCUGGCUGAACUAGCUGAGGGUCUGAGGAAGACGAGGCUCCAAGCUGCUCCUCCUGCUGGAUCUCCUGCUGGAUCUGGAGAUGUGGAGUGUGACGUCUGCACUGGAUCAAAACUCAAAGCUGUUAAGUCCUGUCUGGCGUGUCUGGCUUCUUACUGUGAAGCUCAUAUUCAGCCUCAUUAUGAAUCUCCUGCAUUAAAGAAGCACAAACUGGUUGAAGCCUCCAUGAAUCUGCAGGAGAAGAUCUGCUCUCUUCAUGAUAAGCUUCUAGAGGUUUUCUGUCGCACUGAUCAGCAGUGUAUUUGUCUGCUGUGUGUAAUGGAUGAACACAGUGGUCAUAAGACAGUUUCAGCUGCAGCAGAAAGAUCUGAGAAACAGAAGCAGCUGGUGGUGACUCAGAGCGCAUUCCAGCAGAGAAUCCAGCAGACCGAGAAUAAACUGCAGGAGCUGAGACAGGCUAUGGACACCGUCAGGCGCCCUGCACAGGCAGCAGUGGAGGACAGUGAGAAGAUCUUUACUGAAGCAAUUCAGUCCAUUAAGAGGAGACUCUCUGAGGUGAAAAAGCUGAUCAGAGCUCAGGAGAAGACUGAACUGAGUCAGGCUGAAGAGCUCCUGAAGAAGCUGGAGCAGACGUUUGCUGAUCUGAGGAGGAGAGAUGCUGAGCUGGAGCAGCUUUCACACUCAGAGGAUCACAUCCAUUUCCUCCAGAGUUUCCAGUCUCUCUCUGCUCCUCCUCAACCUGCAGACUUACCCUCUAUCACAGUCAGUCCACUGUUCUCCAUGGAGGAACUGAGGAAAGUUGUGACGGGAGUAAUGCAGCGAGUGGAACUGGAACUGGUCAAACUGUCUGGAGUCCUUAAUGCUCUUAUGCCAAAGACAAGAGAGGACUUCCUGAAAUAUUCCUGUCAGCUCACUCUGGAUCCAAACACAGCAAACAGAAAACUCGCUCGGUCUGAGAGGAACAGAAAAAUGACAGUGAUGCAUCAGACUCAAACAUAUCCUGAUCAUCCAGAGAGAUUUGACAGCAUGCAACAAGUUUUCUGUAGAGAAAGUCUGUCUAGAUGCUGUUACUGGGAGGUUGAGUUUGUCAUGGGUAAUUUUAAUAUUGCUGUGUCUUAUAAAGACAUCAGCAGGAAAGGGGAAGGUAAUGACUCUAAAUUUGGGUGUAAUGAUCAGUCCUGGAGUCUGAUCUGCUUUGGCUCCAGUUUCUCAUUCAAACACAAUAAUGAACAGACUGAACUCUCUGUGAACUCCAGCUCCUCCAGAAUAGGAGUGUAUGUGGAUCACAGUGCAGGAAUUCUGUCCUUCUACAGCGUCUCUGACACAAUGACCCUCCUCCACAGAGUCCACACCACAUUCACUCAGCCCCUCUAUCCCGGAUUUGCGGUUUAUAUUUAUGAUCACUUUCUUCGAAUAUGUGAUCUUAAUUAAAAUGUGCUUUGUCAGAACACAAACACUGCAAAAAGAAAGACAUGUUGAAAUCAUCUUGAAUCUAGUCAAUACAGCAAUUAAUAAAAUGUUUAAAACAAGCAAAAUGAUUGCCCAUUUCACAAGAUCACUUUAAUACACUACUUAAAACAAGUAAAAUGCCUAAAUUACAAUAUAUAUUAUAUAUAAAUUGCUAAAAAUAUCAAGUUUUUUUAAGAUGACCUCAAAUUUCAAAUCUCAUGAAUUCUUACUUUAUUUAAUAUAUUACAUAUCGCU